AUGGACACCACGGAAGAAUUUGAAAGUAUCUAUGACGAUUAUGCACGGGAUAAACUAAAAGGUCAUUGUCAGGGAAAGUUUGUCUUCUUUUGGCCCACAUUACUCGAGUUGCUGAGGCUCUACUACAGGGUGUAUAAUAGAACAGUCUUGGAUCGCGAAGAGGACGGGACUUUCGACCUCUUCGUCAAGACGUAUUUCCCGAUGGAAAUCACCCGGGCGGACUAUGAACAGUAUUUUGGACUGUCUUCGGGAAGGGGAAGAGAUCGAAGGCAAGGGUCCAUCGGGCGCGAUCCACUACCAAAAGGCAUAGUAAUCGACGGCAGCAAGUCAGGAAACGAUGUAUUGGUGGAAGGCGAGCUUGAGCAUCUAUCAAAAAUGCACAAGAAGCAGGUUGAGAUGGACCAGAUGCUAUCCCAUCCGGGGGAAAGCCGGACUGGCCUUAAAGGACAAUCCCCCAACCAUGAUCCAAAGGCAGUUCUUCCCGCUUUACUGGCCUACGAUGAAGAUAAGAACUUGUUUGACUUCUGA